AUGGAAAACCAAACAACAGUGUUGGUUCUCAUUGGUCUGUCUGAUCUUCCAAGUCUUCAGAUUCCUCUUUUCCUGGUGUUUCUCUUUAUUUAUCUUUUGACUCAAACUGGGAACCUUCUCAUCUUUCUUCUGAUCAUCAAUGAUUCCCAUCUCCACACUCCCAUGUACUUUCUCCUAGGGACACUGGCAUGUCUGGAUAUGGGUUACUCCUCAGUCAUUGUCCCAAAAAUGAUCUUUGAUUUACUCACAGAACAAAAGGUAAUUUCAGUAAGCGCUUGUAUAACUCAGAUAUUCUUCUUCUUGUUUUUCUGUACAUCAGAGGUGUCUGUGUUGGCAGUGAUGUCCUGUGACAGAUACAUUGCCAUCUGCCGUCCUCUUCACUAUAUGCAGAUAAUGCACUGGGACAUUUGUGUUCAGCUUGUAUCAAUCAUUUUGUUUAUUGGUUUGGUAUGUUCCGUGUUGAACAUUGCUUUCUUAACGAAUCUGACUUUUUGCAGCUCUAAUGUUUUGCAAAGUUUCUUUUGUGAUCUGCCAGAGAUUCUUCAAGUCUCCUGUAGUGACACAUUCAUCAAUGUACUGAUUAUGCGUCUUUCAAGUAUAGUGUUUGGAGUAGGCACUUUUGGAGUUAUCUUUUAUCCAUACAUCACAAUAAUCAACACUGUUCUGAAAAUCCAAUCUAAACAGAUGAGAUCCAAAGCUUUCUCCACCUGCUCCUCUCAUCUCACUGUAGUCUUUAUAUUUUACACUACUGUUUUCUUCAACUACUUUAAAUCGUUUGCAAAUGAUCAUUUCACCGAGGACAAAGUGGCUUCUGUAUUUUAUGCAGUGUUAACCCCCUUUUUAAACCCUCUAAUUUACAGUUUGAGGAACCAGGAACUUAAAUCAUCCAUAGGAAAAGCUUUACAAAGACUGUACAUCAAAACUGGACUAAACACCCCAAAAUAA